UCUGCUCCGAAAGGCCAUAAACUAUAACGAUAAGCCGGUUUACUGCGGCUGUCAAAAUUCCAUCAUGGAAAUGAUUAACACAUUUAUGGAAUAUAUUUAUGCGUAUCCGUGUACAUUUAUAGUUUUAUUAUCUUUAAUAGGAUAUAUUCUUUACUAUUUCUUAUAUGUUGUCAAGAAACCUCAGCUAGCAUGUUCUGAUAAAAAAUUCCACAAGUUUUUAACAGACAAAGUUCCUAUAGUGCAUGAGAAGUUUUGGCCAACAAUAUGGUGUUUAGAAAGUCGUGCUAUGACUAUCAUUAGGUCAUUUAUAGAAAAGGCGCCUACAGUUCACUAUGAUUCUGAGAUGCUAAGUAUGCCAGAUGGUGGUCAGGUUCGGUUGGACUGGGCUUAUAAUAAUGAAAGUACAAUACAUCCAGAUCCGGAGUCGAGACCAACUGUGGUGCUUUUACCUGGACUUACAGGUACCAGUCAAGAGACCUAUGUUCUAAAUUUUGUCACUGAAGCUACCCAGUUGGGAUAUAGAGUUGUGGUCUUCAAUAACAGAGGGAAUGGAUCUAAACUACUUACUGCUAGAACAUAUUGUGCAUGUAACAGUGAGGAUCUAGGUCAUGUUGUGUCACAUGUCAGACAAAGAUUUCCUGAUGCACCACUGGUUGGGACAGGGAUAUCCCUAGGAGGGAUGAUCUUGUUUAAUUAUCUGGCAAAGUCUGGCAAGGAUUGCGGGAUGCUGGCUGGCAUGUGUGUAUCUAUGGCAUGGAAUGUGUUUGAAUCUGUAACAUCACUGGAGAAACCUGGAUUAAAUAAACAUGUUCUCAAUAGAAUACUAGCAAAAGGACUGGUGGAUAAUUUCCAACAAUACAUGCAUUUAUUUGAGCAACACAUUGAUGACUGUGAUCAUGUGUUAAAAAGCACAACGAUAAGAGAGUUUGAUGAUAGGUUCACAGCGCCAAUGUUUGGUUACUCUACAUGGCAGGAAUAUUAUAAGGAUGCCUGUAUACAUGACAAGGUUCAUCAUCUCGAGGUACCAGUACUAUGUUUGAAUGCUGAAGAUGAUCCAUUUUCACCUAAACAUGCAAUUCCAGUAAACGAGGCAGAAAUCAAUGACAACAUUGCGCUUUUAGUAACAUCUCAUGGCGGCCAUAUUGGAUUUCUGGAGGGAAUGUUUCCAAGGAAACCAGGCUACAUGUAUCGCAUAUUCUCACAGUAUAUUGAUGGUGUAUUUAAACAUGGUCCAAAAUCUCAUGAUCACCAAGAAUGAGCGGAGAUAAAUGGGUCAGGAAGUCUCACGAAGUAUUGACUAUAGAUAGAAACAUUUACCUAGUCAUACACAGUGUUACACUGGCUCAUUGUUUUUCUACAUAGUUUUUAUUAAAAUAUUUACAAGAAGCACUUCACACUGAGGUACUCACAGUACAGUACUACAGUAAAGUUGUAGGAUCAAAAUCAUUUUUUUUUUAAACACUUUUUUAUAGCAUACAAACAUUUCACUGACUGUUUUAUACAGCUUUUAUACAUGUAUACCUUAUAACUUUGUUCGCUCGAACUCAGAUCACUUGAAUACCUUCCUUCGCUCGAACUCAUUGUUUGGUCCUGUCAAAAUCCCUAUGCAAUAUAUAUUGUUUAAUCAUGGAAAUUGAUUGAACACAGGUUGCUCUAACUCUCGAACCUGAUCUCUAGUCCCUUAAACAAAAAAAAACAACAAAAGUUGCAGGAUGACAAGUUUUCAAUUGGUGACAGUAGACUUCAUAUGUUUCUAACACAGUCAUUAUGAUAAUGUCAAUUAAUUGAUACUAAACCAAAGGUGUUAUUUACCUACAAAUUUGUUUAUUAUGAUAAUAUAUACAAAUAUAUGGAGUUUUCAAAUAAUUUUUAUAGUCUACUUUGUAUUAAAAUCAUUGCCUUAAAUAUCAUUAUACAAAUAGACACCUCAAAGAAGUGUGCAGACCUAUUUUAAAUCAGAUCAUUAUAACCUUGAUAACCUUCGUGGAAAUGUCCUUGUUAAAAAACAAACUUCAAACUGCAAUUUGUAUGGGCCCUCCGAGUUUGAGGGAACGGUGUAUGACUGUAAUUUUGUUAAUAAUAACAUAUUAUUAUUAAUCCUGUUCAAUACAUACUGUGUUAAAACUAUGCUCGUUCAAUAUCACUAUAUAUUGACUGAAUAAUGUAAAUGUAAGUUUCAGUUAAAGUAGUUAGUGCAUUUGGAAAAUCUUAACUUAUACUUUUACUAGUUAAACAGUAGUUGAUUGUUUGUUAGGGAACAAUAUUUUGUAAUCAAAUUUUGUAAUUAAUUUUUUAUUUAAUUGUUUAUAUACCGUAAGUCUUUUACUUUAAUUUAUUUUUUGCCAGACGUGAACAUUAGAAUAUGAAGAAAAAAACGUGAAAAUUUUAAUGGUGUAUAUUUUUCUAGUUAUGGCUCUAUACUUUUUAGAUUUGUGUUCUAUUUUCAAAUGUCAGCGAUUUAAGAAGUAGUUGAGCUAUGAUGACAUUAUUCCACAAUUUUGUUACAUAGAUUUUAUUUUACAUUUCAAGUACAGUUGACUCUCAAUAAGUCAAAAUCGCUUUACUUGAAAUUCCGCCUUAGUCGAAUAAUUUCUAAAGUCCCAUCAAAUUUCCUUCUUUAUCUUUGUAUUUUAACUCCGCUUAGGUCAAAUUUUGACUUACCGAGACUCCUGUUUAGUCGAAAAGAAAAUUUGGUCCCGUCAAUUAAAGUACAACAUAUGUUCAUCUCAAUUAGUCGAAGUGUGAAAACAGCCGACUGAUCAAAGGUCGGCGACAUCAAGGUGAGAUGUUGUCACUCGUGAUUUACACGUUUCAUAGUAAUUUUUAAUUGCCGGUCAUCAUGUAUUAUUAACACGUCGUAAAAGUGGCUUUAAUCCGUUUCAGGACUUAAUUGGUUUUAACAGUUAGAUAACUAAAUUAAAAUUUAAUUACAUUGCUUUAAGAAAGUUGACUCGUGCCAGUCUGACGGGUGGUUACUUAGUCAAAUAACAGCCUAGGUAUUGAUGUGUGUUAUCAACGUAAAUAACAUUUGUAUAAUUAAUGUUCCGUCAUAUUGCAUACAUUAAUUUGUACUUCCGGUUCACGAUAGUUGCUAAUUUCAAUUUCGUCCGAUAAUCAAUUAAAUCAAAUAUAAUUGUGGGUUUAUGUUUCACUAUUAAUAUACAUUGUACAUGUAUUAAAUUUUGAAUGAUAUAUUUUUGUUCAUCUAUAAUUUGUAGUUGUAAGUUAUUUACCGUCAUUUCAAUGGUCAAAUAUUGCAGCAUUGCCGCUAACAACAAUAACAACCUACUUCUUUACACAUUCAAUCAGGCACAUGUAUAUACAUGUACGAAUGUCAACGUAAUGGCGGUAGUUCCACAUUACUCGAAUUCCGUUUCUCUCGAAGUAAAAUGCCCAGUCCCUUGGAUUUCGAGUUACCGAGAGUCAACUGUAUAUAAUCAUUUUCUUUAUGUAAAAAAAAAAUAUUGUUAUUUGAUAUUGUUUAAAGUUUCUUGCCUUUUGAUGAUUAAACAAAUUUUUAAAAAUAUCAAAUUCAAAAACGA